GAGCGACGUGCGUCUCCAUGGAAACCGGAAAACUAGAAUCAGCUGUCUCACAACUCAUUGUAGACUUAACCUCAUGCGUCAGAUCGCGCAAAAGUUGUUGUUUGUAGUAAACGUCUAAUUCAAACGUAUUUUACAGGAAUUCGCGAAUAUAUUACACCAUUCUUACAAACAAAUAUUGGCAAACUUCGUGACACAUUGCGAUGCUGAGGAUAUCGAUUUUCACGUUACUUUUGACACAUUUUUACGCCGCACUUAGCCAGAACGUUGAGAUUGACGUGAAUGGCUAUAUCGUUUAUUGUCCCUGCAUGGGACGCUUCGGUAAUCAGGCGGAUCACUUCCUGGGAGUCCUCGGAUUCGCCCAGGCCUUGAAUCGCACGCUGGUGCUACCGCCGUGGGUCGAGUAUCGUACGGGAGAGACAAGAUCUAUACAAAUACCAUUUGAUACCUAUUUUAAUGUUUCCCAAGUACAAAGUUGCCAUAGAGCAAUAUUGAUGGAGGAUUUCAUGGGGGACGUCGCGCCGAGGAAAUGGCCACCUGAAAAGAGAAUAUCUUUCUGUUAUGAGGCCCGCAUAGGGAGCAGGACGUCCUGCAACGCAAAACAAGGGAAUCCGUUUGGUCCAUUCUGGGACACAUAUAAUAUAGAUUUUGUUAAAUCAGAAUUUUAUAAACCGCUUCAUUAUUACGAUGUGUAUUACGCUCAAACGAGACAACAACAAUGGCAGCAGCAUUAUCCACCUGAAACUUGGCCGGUACUAGCUUUUACAGGCGCACCCGCUAGUUUCCCGGUUCAGCUUGUGUACAAGCCUCUGCAGAAGUGCCUCAAGUGGACCAACGACAUCCUGAAUAAAGCAAAGACUUUCAUAAAGGAAAAAUUGCCAAGGGGCGCAUUUGUCGGUAUACAUUUGCGAAACGGAAUCGACUGGGAGCGCGCCUGCGAACAUAUACCAUCUGCGCCGGAUCUUUUCGCUGCUCCCCAGUGUCUUGGUUAUAAAAAUGAGCGUGGCAAAGCGACUCUGUCGAUGUGCCUUCCAUCAUUCGAUGUAAUAAUAACUCAGCUGAAGCGUGUUAUUCGCAACGGCAACGAUGUCAAGUCUGUAUUCGUAGCAUCCGACAAUGAUUACAUGUUGGACAAACUUGGAGAAGCCCUGUCGCGUAUGAAGAUAUCAGUGUUCCGGCAGAAACCGCCAGUAUCCCCACAUUUGGAUCUAGCAAUUCUUGGAAGGUCUAACUAUUUUAUAGGAAAUUGCAUUUCUUCUUUCACCGCUUUUGUAGCCAGAGAAAGGGAAGUCAGGGGCUAUCCAACAUUCUUCUGGGGUUAUCCUCCCAGAACCAGAACAGAACUGUGAUAUAUUUUGUAACGUAAUACCUGCCAAAUGCGCAUAAUGUCUUUUUGAUCAUUUUUAUAUUUAUAUAUUGAAAAAUUUUUAAGUGAUUCCAUUGAGAUUAACGUUAUAUAUUUAACGUUAUAUGUUUAUUGUAUGACAAAAUACAAUUGUAACAUAUAUAGAGCACCAAGUCAAGAAGAUGGUACAUUCUGCAGUGUUUUGGAUCUUUAGUAUAUAUUUCGUAAUAAAGUUUAUACAAAACAAA